AUGGAAAUUCAUAUUUUUCUUUUGCUGUUUAGUUAUUUGUCAAUGUCAUCAGCUUUCUAUUUCCAUGUAGCAGAAAGAGAGGAAAAAUGCAUCAUAGAGGAUAUUCCCAACGACACCUGGAUCACAGGAAAUUACAAGGUAGAACAAUGGGACAUAAAUCGUCAAGAUUUCCUUGACUCUGCUCCUGGAUUAGGGAUGUUUGUGACUGUUACAACUUACAAUGAUGAGGUAUUAUUGUCAAGGCUGUAUGGACCACAGGGGACAUUCACAUUCACAUCACACUCGCCUGGAGAACAUAUCAUUUGCUUAGAAUCUAAUUCUACAAAGCUCAUCUCCUUUGGCGGUAGUAAGCUGCGGAUCCACUUGGAUAUUCGAAUUGGAGAACAUGACCUUGAUGCAGUAAUUGCUCAAGCAAAGGACAAAGUUAAUGAAGUUAGCUUCAAACUGGAACAUCUAACAGAGCAAAUUGAGCAAAUCAUCAAAGAGCAGAACUAUCAAAGGGAACGUGAAGAAAAUUUCCGAAUGACCAGUGAAGAUACAAACAGCAAUGUUUUAUGGUGGGCUCUUGUUCAAAUGUUAAUCCUUAUCUCGAUUGGAAUUUUCCAAAUGAAGUCCCUUAAAGAUUUCUUUAUAGCUAAAAAGCUGGUUUGAAAUGCAGU